CACGUCGUCCCCCGGGUUAUAAACUAAACUCAUCUCGCCACUUCUCUUCUCUCACUGCCCUGCAGACGCACAAGCCUAAACAAGGAAAAGCUCCAUGGGAGAGGAGGAGAAGAGGCCGGAGGAGGAGGAGCAGGAGAAGAAGAAAACAGAGCAAUCCGACGUCAAGGCGGAGGAUGGGAAGAAGGAAGCAGAGGCGAAACUCGAAGAGUGCAAGGAGACUAAAGAGCCACCGCCAGAAAUUGUUCUGAAAGUUUACAUGCAUUGCGAAGGCUGCGCUAGGAAAGUUCGUCGACACCUCAAAGGCUUCCAAGGAGUCGAAGAUGUGAUAACGGAUUGCAAGGAAAGUAAGGUGGUUGUGAAAGGGGAAAAAGCAGAUCCGCUCAAGGUUUUGGAGCGAAUUCAGAGGAAGAGCCACCGCCAAGUGGAGCUCAUAUCUCCAAUCCCUAAACCUCCGACUGAAGAUCCGCCGCCUGCUGAAGAAAAACCAAUUGCCAAAGUAGAAGACAAAAAAGUUGAGCUUCCAGUGAUAACAGUGGUUUUGAGAAUAUACAUGCAUUGUGAAGCUUGUGCACUGGGAAUCAAAAAACGCAUUCAGAGAAUGAAAGGGGUUGAAAACGCAGAGCCGGAGCUGAAGAGUUCAGAGGUGACUGUAAAAGGCGCCUUCGAAGCCGAGAAACUCGCCGAUUACGUUUACCGGAGAACGGGAAAGCACGCGACGAUCGUCAAGGUUGAGCCGGAGAAGAAAGAGGAGGAGGAGGAGGAGAAAGGGAAAGAGGAGAAGAAAGCAGUUGCAGAAGGGGAAGGGGCAGGAGAAGGAGAACAAAAAUCAGAAGCAGGGAAUAAAAGUGAAGAUUCCGGCGGCGAUAAAGAAAACAAGGAAUCCGGCGGCGGCGACCCUCCUCCGGCGGAGAUGAAGCUGGAAAUCAAAAGAAACGAUUAUUAUUACCCGGCUUACUUCUACCCACAGAACCACCUCCAGAUGAAUAAUUAUCCUCCGCAGGGAUUUGUCCAAGAACAUUAUUAUUAUGCAGCAGAUCCACGGAUCGUGAGCCCUCAGAUCUUCAGCGAUGAGAAUCCAAAUGCAUGUUCCGUAAUGUAAAUGUGGAGGAAUCUGAGGGCAGAGUCGGGAAGAACUUGGAAGGACAACUCGGUAAUUUCAACUCCUACUGUAUCAGUAUGUAUCCUGUACUGUAGCAUGUUCGUGUUUGCGUGCGAGUGUAAAAAACAAAAGGGAAAAGAAAAAGGAAAGUUAUCUGGAAUUUUGUGAGCCCUUUUGGAUCCUUUUGUUUAUUGUACUAAUAUCUAUCUCACUCACUCACUGUGGAUUGGAUGAAUAAAAUAUUUUUCACAAUU